CUCCUCUGUUUACAGACAUCCGGAGAAACAUGGAGGACUCCACUGGCAGUAAUCCUCAAUCUCUCGGAUUCACAGAGAAAUUAAAGUCGUGGCUCUCCUGGUCAUGGACUUACGUGUGCUUCAUUUGGUUCGGCAUGGUUCUGAUCAUGAUAUACGUCCUGUGGAGCCCGCUGAAACUGCAGGAAACUCUUACCUCAGCGUCAGUGUUUUUGAACACACUGACUCCUAAGUUCUACGUGGCUCUCACUGGAACCUCCUCUCUCAUAUCUGGCCUCAUCCUGAUAUUUGAGUGGUGGUACUUUCGUAAAUAUGGGACCUCGUUCAUUGAACAAGUGUCAGUGAGCCACCUGCGGCCGCUCCUGGGGGGAGUGGAGAGCAGCCCCACCACUGGCCUGUUUUCAUCCGUUAAUGGGGAAGCAGAUCCAAGACCCAGCGUUUCAGAGUGCAAGGUCUGGAGGAACCCUUUGAAUCUGUUCAGAGGAGCAGAAUAUAACAGGUACACGUGGGUAACCGGGAAGGAACCCUUAACAUACUAUGACAUGAACCUCUCUGCUCAGGACCAUCAGACUUUCUUCACAGGAGACACGCAGCAGUUGAGGCCAGAGGAUGCUGUGAUGCAGAAAGCCUGGAGAGAGAGAAAUCCUCAAGCCAGGAUCAGAGCAGCUUACCAGGCCAUAGAAAUUAACCAUGAAUGUGCUGCAGCUUAUGUGCUCCUGGCAGAGGAGGAAGCCACCACGAUCACAGAAGCUGAACGCCUUUUCAAGAAAGCGCUUACUAUUGCUGGAAAAGAUAUUAACUUACUAGUGUACAUUAAACGCCGCCUGGCCAUGUGUGCGCGCAAGCUGGGACGGAUUAAAGAAGCAGUGAAAAUGAUGCGAGACUUAAUGAAGGAGUUCCCACUGUUGGGAAUGUUAAAUAUACAUGAAAACCUCUUGGAAGCACUUCUAGAGCUUCAGGCAUAUGCCGACGUCCAAGCGGUCCUUGCCAAAUAUGAUGAUAUCAGUUUGCCAAAAUCAGCCACUAUAUGCUACACGUCAGCGCUGUUAAAAGCACGGGCUGUAUCUGAUAAAUUCUCUCCAGAGGCUGCGUCCAGGCGGGGGCUAAGCACUGCUGAGAUGAACGCUGUGGAGGCCAUUCACAGAGCUGUUGAAUUCAAUCCACAUGUGCCAAAGUACUUAUUAGAGAUGAAGAGCCUGAUCCUGCCCCCGGAGCACAUCUUAAAGAGGGGCGACAGUGAGGCAGUGGCCUAUGCUUUCUUCCACCUGCAGCACUGGAAGAGGGCAGAGGGAGCGUUAAACCUGCUGCACUGCACCUGGGAGGGCACCUUCCGGAUAAUUCCCUACCCUCUAGAGAAGGGUCACCUGUUCUACCCGUACCCAGGAUGCACAGAAACAGCUGAUAGAGAGCUCCUGCCCUCUUUCCACGAGGUCUCUGUGUAUCCAAAGAAAGAGCUGCCCUUCUUCAUCCUCUUCACCGCAGGCCUUUGCUCCUUCACUGCCAUGCUGGCCAUGCUCACACACCAGUUCCCAGAGCUCAUGGGUGUCUUUGCCAAAGCGGUGAGUACACUGAAUCAACCUCCAACUUCCCUGUCAGGAACACUGGAGGCUCAUGGGAGUUGUACUGUAGUAAUGUCACUGUUUUGUACCCAAGCCACCUGUUGUCCAGCUUAAGCUAUCGCUAACCUCAGUUUAAUAAUCUUAGAAAACAGUGAGUGGAACUUAUAGCCCUCACAAUUUAGAGACAUUAGAUGUGUGCAUGACUUCCUUUUACUAUUUAUUUAUUACACAAGUGUUGUGUUUUCUGUUUCAGUCGGUUUGGCUGAACUGCUUUCUUAGGCUAAUCCUUUGUUUACACUCAGCCUGUUUAUUAGGACCUGCCUUUACACAGACUGAAAGGGAGAACAUCUAGUGCUCCUCCGUUUGUUAUGGGAACGCCUGGGUGCAGAUAGGACUUUUACAGCAUGACCGGCCAGCCUGGUUUGUGUAAUGUGGGGAUAGAGCUCAUGAAAAUCAGUGAGGUCCUCAGUGCCUUCUGAGGAAAAACAGAUUUCCAUGAGUGCUGAUGAUGAUGAGGGCAGUGGGUAUUUGCCCUGAUUUAGAAAUACAUGAGAUAUUAACUCUUAUUAUUAUUAUUAGACUUUUCUGUCUUACAUUACGUGGAAUACAUGGAUUUUACAAUGCUUACGUAAAUAAGGUAGAAAAUUCUAAAAACUUUCUUUUUGCGUCCAACUACUGCUUUCACUUUUUCUUUCAGUUCUUCAGCACACUCUUUGCACCGCUGGGUUUCUUCGCAGACAAGAUGGAAAGCUUCAUGCCUUCCAGUUUUUGGCACCAACUGACUCAGAUCUGACCCCAUCUCUGUCUCUGACACACAAACACACACACACACACACACCGAUACCACUCCAAAUGCUCAGACAAAAAGUAUUUUCUCUCCUGUCUUCGGCAUUACUGUCAACUUGCUGCAUUGUUACUGAUUACGUUGGCUGAGGUUGUAUCAACACUGCAAUACCACCCUUAAGAUGCUCUCCCACACUGUUCUAGCAGUCUGAGCUAUUCCAAAAACACAUUUAGAAGAUAGAGCUGGCAGAGAUUCUACUGGUGCCAUUCAUUUGUUGUGCUAGCAAGUGGCAAAUUACUGUAUAAGUAUCUGAUAGCAGUUUGCUCCAAAUUUGGUAGAAAAACCUGGUUAUAAAUAUGAUAAAAGACAUAUUUAGGUAUUAGCAGAUUCAAUAAAAUAUGCAGCUGUUUUCUUUCAGUGCUCUCUAAUCAAACCUGUGUAUUAUUCCCAGGAAAUGUGUCAUAGUCACCCCUGAUCUCAGCAUAUUAACAUUUGCACAUCACAAAUACCUCGUGUUUGUGUUAUCAGCGAUGUGAACAUGCUGUGUGUGCUCCAUAGUAUCGGUCUGUUCCCCUUAAAAAACUCUGAGAACGACUUAAAGCAGAGCUGUGAUUUACAGCCUCGGAGUGGCUGCAGUGUAUACAACGCCUCUGCAGUUCAACAGUUGUUACCAUGCUACGACAGCUCGGCACUAUAUCACCGAGCAGCCAGCAGCAUCCAAAUGUGCAUAGGAUACACUGAGAAUCACAGCACAGUAGUAGAACACAAGGUUUUUGCAGGGAGGAGCAUCCUAAUCUAUUGAAAACGUACAUUUUCUUUUUUCCCGGCCUUUCUGAGACCUGUCAGUUUGAACACACUCUACAGGCUGAGAUGCCUGAUCCCACCUUGUUGUAAGCAUGGCGGCGAUCUCUAAAAAGAAAGAACAGUGUGGUGCAACAUGCAGACGUCGUUUCCUUGAUGUUCCAAAUACACAGCAAAAACAUGCAGUGCAGCUACAAUGUAAAAAACAAUACGUCAACACUGAUGUAGGAAUAUGAAAACAACUGUUUAUUACAUUCAAUAACAGGAUUCUUUGAUAUAGGCAGCUACUGGACAUUCAGCCUCGUGGUGAACUGUGUGCGACUGACAAAACAUUUAAUACAGAGCAGUUAGUAAAGAUUAUUUUGACAUUUAAUUGACUUGCAACAAGUUUACAGCAACUAAACCUUGGGUAAAAAAAUUUAUAAAGAUAUGGUCAAAAGUCGAUGUCUAACAAGUUUAAAUCAUGCACACAAAAACAGGAAAGCUGUUAAUGAUGUAAAGGCACAAAACACCACAAAUGUAAGUGCCAACUGAGCCAAAAAACCAACAUGUAAUUAAGUGCGUCGCUCCGGUUUGUAACAUUUGUUUGUUAAAAUCACUAACGCAUCACUGUUCAUGUAGGAAUUUUCAAGUUGGUUCGUGCAGCGUAAAUGUGCAAAAAGAUGCUGAAGACAGGAGAACGACACAACACUCAAUAAACUUCUCUUUCAAUGUA